CUGCCAUUUCCUCUGUCCUCAAUCUGAUCGCUCCACUAUAUAUUGUCCUACCGUUUAGAGUACUAGUACUAGUAUGAAAACCACGUUACAGAUGGAGUUGGACACACAAAAAAUGGCUGAUGAUGAGAAGCAAAAGAAGAUAGAGGAUGAAAACAAGACGAAGCGGCAGCUUGGAGGAAUCAAAACCAUGCCAUUCGUCCUUGCGAAUGAAAUGUGCGACAGAUUCGCCACAACUGGUUUCCAUGCCAACAUGAUAACGUAUUUAACACAAGAACUGAACAUGCCGCUAGUAAAGGCAUCCAACACCCUCACCAACUUUGGUGGAACUGCCAGCUUCACCCCUUUGAUUGGUGCUUUAAUUGCCGACUCCUUUGCCGGGCGAUUUUGGACCAUCAUGGCCGGCUCCUUUAUCUAUGAACUGGGAUUGGUGAGCAUAACCAUAUCAACAAUACUGCCAAUGUUCCACCCACCACAGUGCCCGAGUCAAACGAACUGCAAGGAAGCUUCAGCAUCGCAGCUUUGGGUCCUUUACAUCUCUCUCCUUCUUACAUCUCUCGGUUUGGGUGGCAUUAGGCCUUGUGUCGUUACCUUUGCUGCAGACCAACUGGACAUGACCAAAUCCAGUGUUGCAUCUCGACGUUGGAAUUUCUUUAAUUGGUACUACUUUUGCAUGGGAAUGGCAACACUGACUGCCCUAACUAUUGUAGUUUACAUCCAAGAUAAUGUGGGUUGGGGCUGGGGUCUUGGAGUCCCAACCAUAGCCAUGGCCUUGUCAAUUUUAGCCUUUUUGGUGGGUUCUCCUUUUUACAAAAGAUUAAAACCAGGGGGUAGCCCUUUGGUUAGAAUGGCUCAGGUAGUUGUUGCAGCCACGAAAAAGAGGAAAGAAGCCUUACCAGUAGACUCGGCUCUCUUGUAUGAGAAUAGAGAACUCGAUGCUGAUAUUUCUUUGCACGGAAGGCUUACACACACAAAUCAAUUCAGGUGGUUUGAUAAAGCUGCCAUAAUAACAGAUGGCGAAAGAACAGAUUCAAAGCCACCAAAUUUAUGGAGGAUUGCCACAGUCCAUCGAGUGGAGGAGUUGAAAUCCAUAAUCCGAAUGCUUCCUAUAUGGGCAGCAGGAAUUUUACUAGUCGCCUCAUCUUCACACCAACAUAGUUUCACUAUUCAACAAGCUCGCUCCAUGAAUCGUCACUUGUCCCGUUCCUUCGAAAUCCCUCCAGCCACUCUAUCCAUCUUUGGCAUCGUAACCAUGCUCAGUGGCCUUGUUCUAUACGAACGCCUCUUUGUACCCUUUGCUCGUCGCUUCACUAGAAACUCAUCAGGCAUCACAUGCCUGCAAAGAAUGGGUGUAGGCUUUGCGGUAAACAUUCUUGCCACGGUUGUCGCAUCAUUUGUUGAAAUCAAAAGAAAAGCAGUGGCAGCCAAUCACAACUUAUUGGAUGAUCCAAAAGCAACUAUCCCAAUAAGUGUUUUUUGGUUGGUGCCUCAGUUUUGCCUCCAUGGGGUAGCAGAAGUUUUCAUGUCUGUCGGGCACAUGGAGUUUCUUUACGACCAAUCACCCGAAAGCAUGAGAAGCUCUGCAGCUGCUCUUUACUGGAUAGCAAUUUCCAUGGGAAAUUAUGCAGGCACAUUGAUGGUUUCACUUGUUCAUAAGUAUUCAGGCAAGAAAAGCAACUGGCUUCCUGAUAGGAACCUCAAUAGGGGAAGAUUGGAGUAUUAUUAUUGGCUUGUCAGUGGAAUCCAAGUCAUAAAUCUCUUGUAUUAUGUGGUAUGUGCAUGGUUUUAUACUUACAAGCCCUUGGAAGAGAGAUGCAAACCGGAGGAAGUAGUGGAGCUGACUAAAGAUAAAAUCCCAUCUUUCGUCUCGGAUAAGAAAAGCGAUGAAGAGGCAGAGCUUCCAAGAAAUUAAUGACAAUACUUGAUUAAUUUGGGUUAAUGUGGAUAUGUAAGAUAUUACUUGAUUAAAAUAAUGUAGCAGAAUGAAGCUUGAUUUUU